UGCCUUGAUAAUUCCAUUACGGAGUGCUUCCCCUUAUUUUCAUUUUUGCCAUGAUUUCUUAAAUUGUAAUGCUCCGUUUAAGCUUGUUUAAACAUAACACUAGAACUUGAAUGAACAAUUGAGAAUAUAUUUACAGACUGUGGGCUACUCAUACUCCAAAGAAAUGGAAAGCAGUGGAAAAUUUAAUGGAGAUCACACAAUUAAAGUAUCAGUCACAAAUGUAAAAGCUGAAUUGAUCAAUGAUGUAAAAAUCAAAGCAGAAGAAAACUCAUCAAGCAAAGAUCUGUUCUGUUGUGUCUGUCAUACAGAAUUUUCAUCUGUUUUAGAUUUAAUCAGGCAUGCAUGUAAAGAGCAUCCAGCGCUCAGUAUUUUGAAAUGUCCGGUGCAGAAUUGUCAAAUGAAAUUUCAUGAUUAUAAUAGCAGGAUAAGGCAUUUGAAAUCAGCACAUUCAGAAGAGAGACCAUAUCUUUGUGAGGUGUGUGGAGAUGCUUUUAAGCAAACCAGUGCUCUGAAAAAUCACACAUAUUGCAUUCAUGCAGAGUCAAAAGAUAAGAUAAAGUUUCAAUGCAAAGUCUGCGGAAGGGUUUUCCACAAAAAACAUGGUCUGAAAGCGCAUGAAAGCCUACAUACUGGCGUGAGGAAAUAUGCAUGUGAUGUUAAAGAUUGUGAAAAAACCUUUAGACUUCAAGAUACGUAUCGACGGCAUAUGCAGCUGCAUAAUAAUGACUUAAAGUACAAGUGUGAGUUAUGUGGAAAGGCCUACAACCGAGUUGACCUCUUGAUUGCCCACGAAGACAAACAUGCAGGGGUAAAGCCACAUAAGUGUGAACUCUGUGCGAAGAGUUUCAGCACCAAAGGCAACCUUUCAACCCAUAUGAAGAUUCAUGAGGGUAUCCGCUUUGAUUGCAAGGUGUGUGGCAGAACGUUUGGCUUUAAAUCCAACUUGAACAAACAUGUGAAAGACUUUCAUUCAGACUUACAUGUGGAUACAGGUAAAGUUGGCAACACUAAAACUACAAUGAUUUCAAAGACAAAAUACACCCAGUGUGGGGAGAAAUGGAGAAAGGCAAAGAAAAAAGAUCUGGUUAAUGAAGCUGUUGACAUCAGACUGGUCUGUAAGGAAUCGGCCAAUGAUUUGAAUGAUAUUGCUGAUACUACAAAUUGUGAUGAAGUUGAUGUUGGAAAGUCAUAUAAUGUGAAAACAGAUUCUGUUGCGAAAAUGAAAAUUGAAAUCAGUGAGGGUGAAUCAAAUACAGAAAACGAUCAACUGGUUAGUUUAUUACCUAAAAGGACUAUAACUUAUGUUUUAGUUGGAAUGAAUUCUUCAGCUGAGUUACAGUCAGUGUUUCCAUGUCCAACCAAGGCACAGCCCAGUGAUGGUGUUGAAACAGUCUAUAACAAUGAAAGGACAAAACAACAUGCUCCUGCAACACAGCCCAUUGAUGAGGAUGGAAGAGUUAGCAACAAUGAAAGGACAAAAUGUUUUACAACAUGUGCUAAUGGUCUUGUUGAAGUUAGAUUUCCUGGUUAUGAUAAUGUGAUAAGUAGUUAUUCUCAAAAAACAACAACACCUCACUCUUUCAAAACAGAUGGAACUGAGGUUGGUGCAAUGAAACAAGAGUCAGUUGUUGAAUCAAGUAAAGAAUUACUUGAACAAGAUAAAGCACAACUAAAUGACGCUGAGAAUAUAUUGACUGAGGAGCAGAUAGAAAAGAUUGUUGACAUGGAUCAAGAAAUAGAUGUGUAACUGUUAUGAAUAUAAUCAUGCAUGCUAAACAAUAUCUGAUAUUCCUGUAGGUAAACUAGAUGAAUGUUGAUGCAAGGUAAAACAUUUUUUUUUUUUAACUUUAAUGGAUUAUCAUCUUUAACUCAUUUGACUUUAUUAAUAAAAAAAAAUCAUAUGAAUUAUGAUUAAGGUACAGAUAAAAAAUAAUAGCCUUUAGGCCACAACAAAUUUAUCAUGUGUUUCAACGGAUUUGCGGCACCUAAAAUUUGAAAAAAAUAUAUUAUUAAAAAAUAUCGCUUUUAUGUUUUUUAUCUGUUAAAUGCAUUAAAUUUAAAAAGAAAGAAAAAAAAUUGCUUCAACUUAGAUUGUGCACCUUAAAAGACUCUGCUGAAAAUUUUAUUGAAUAUUAAAGGGACUGUACACCAGAUUGGCACCAAAAAAAGUUUUUUUCUGUAACAAAUCUUAAGACAAUUAUUUAAUAAAAGGCUUUACUCUUUGAUAUCAUAAUUGUAAAAAAAAAUAACAAAAUGUAAAAUAAAAUCAAGUCGGAGACGGGUUCGAACUGGUGUCGCCAAAAUUGCAGACCAGUGUGGAAUCCACAGUGCUACAAAGGCUUACCCGAAAUGUUUGCAAUAUUUAAGCUAUAUACCUUACUUGGUAAUAUCACGUGAUAACAUCGACUUGCCAGUCACGCAAAAGAAAUUAAUUCUACUAGGUAGACAUACUUAGUAAUCUUUUUUAAUGGAAAAAUAUGAAAAAGCAGCGAAAAAUAAAUUAAUUGUAAACUAUGUGGUACUUCAUUAUGCCCCCCUUCGAAGAAGAAGGGUAUAUUGCUUUGCACAGGCAUGUCGGUAUGUCGGUCGGUCCGUCGGUAGACCAAAGCUUGUCCGAGUGAUAACUCAACUAUUCCUGGACGUAUGGUCAUCAAACUUCACAUGAAGGUUGGGCCUGACCAGUAGAUGACCCCUAUUGAUUUUGGGGGUCAUCGGGUCAAAGGUCAAGGUCACAGUGACCUUUAAUGGUAAAAUAAUUUUAAAGCUUGUCCGAGUGAUAACUCAACAAUGCCUGCACCCAUGGCCCUCAAACUUGACAUGGAGGUUGGGCCUGACCAGUAGAUGACCCCUAUUGUUUUUGGGGGUCAUCAGGCCAAAGUCACAGUGACCUUGAAUGGUAAAAGAUUGUCCGAGUGAUAACUCAACAAUGCCUGCACCCAUGGCCCUCAAACUUGACUUGGAAGUUGGGCCUGACCAGUAGCUGACCCCUAUUGUUUUUUGGGCUCAAUGGGUCAACGGUCAAGGUCACAGUGACCUUGAAUGGUAAAAGGUUGUUCGAGUGAUAACUCAACAAUGCCUGCACCCAUGGCCCUCAAACUUGACUUGGAGGAUGGGCCUGACCAGUAGAUGACCCCUAUUGCUUUUGGGGGUCAUUGGGCCAAAGGUCAAGGUCACAGUGACCUUGAAUGGUAAAAGGUUGUCCGAGUGAUAACUCAACAAUGCCUGCACCCAUGGCCCUCAAACUUGACUUGGAGAAUUGGCCUGACCAGGAGAUGACCCCUAUGGUUUUUGGGGGUCAUCUGGCCAAAGGUCAAGGUCACAGUGACCUGGAAUGGUAAAAGGUUGUCCGAGUGAUAACUCAACAAUGCCUGCACCCAUGGCCCUCAAACUUGACUUGGAGGUUGGGCCUGGCCAGAAGAUGGUCCCUAUUGAUUUAAGGGGUCAUUGGGCCAAAGGUCAAGGUCACAGUGACCUGGAAUGGUAAAAGGUUAUCCGAGUGUUAACUUGACAAUGGCUGCACCCAUGGCCCUCAAACUUGAUUUGGAGGUUGAGUCUGGCCAGAAGAUUGUCCCUAUUAAUUUUAGGGGUCAUUGGGCCAAAGGUCAAGGUCACAGUGACCUUGAAUGAUAAAAGGUUGUCCAAGUGAUAACUCAACAAUGCCUGCACCCAUGGCCCUCAAACUUGACAUGGAGGUUGGGCUUGACCAGUAGAUGACCCCUAUUGAUUUUAGGGGUCAAAGGUCAAGGUCACAGUGACCUUGAAAGCAAACUUGACAAUUCUUGGACCUAUGGUCAUCAAACUUGACAUGAAGGUUGGGCCUGCCCAGUAGAUGACCCCUAUCAAUUUUGGGGGUCAUCAGGCCAAGGUCAACGUCACAGUAACCUUUAACACUAAAAAGUUAACAAAUCUUCCCCCACUGAUAUCUCAACAAUGCCUGAACCUAUGAUCAUUAAACUUGACAUGGAUGUUAAGCCUGACCAGUAGAUCACCCUUAUUGAUUUUAGGAUUCAUAGAGCCAAAGGUUAAGGUCACAGUGAUCUUGAAUGGUAAAAGGUUGUCCGAGUGAUAACUCAACAAUGCCUGAACCCAUGGCCUUCAAACUUGACUUGGAGUUGCAUCUGACUUGUAGAUGACCCCUUAUGAUUUAAGGGGUCAUCGGGUCAAAGGUCCAGGUCACAGUGACCUUGAACGAAAAAAACUUGUCUUGUGAUAACUUGACAAUGCCUGCACCCAUGGCCCUCAAACUUGACAUUUAGGUUUCUGGUGACCAGCUGAUGACUCUGGAUUUUGAGUUCAUAGAGUCAAAGGUCAUGACGGUCAUAACACACUUUAUCCUCACACUUUAAUGGUCAUAAUCUUAAAACAGCAACAAAUCAGCUGUCAUUUCGGUCCAUGCAUAUUUUAUUCAAUUGUCCAUAUAAUCCUGACAACAUGGCGCUCAGGGGGGGCAUAAUGUUUGACAAACAUCUCUUGUUUAGUAAGUUUCAAUGCAUUGUACACAUCGAUACCAAGUUUUAUGUCAGUUUCCAACAAUUUUCUGUUUUUUUCUCUUUUUCAUCAUACGGAGUACAGCCCCUUUAUUAUAGACUUGUAUUCACAAAUUUUGGAAAUAUUUUGUAUCAACAUUGAAAUAUCUGAACCAUGAUAUAAUUAUCACAUGACACAAUAGCAAUACAUAGUUGGUGCGGUCAGUAUUUUUAACAACUUUACUCAAUCAUAGCAACUGGUCCUUUUCCGCCUUCAUUUUGAUUGUUUACCUUUGUUUUAAAAUUAACUUAUUUCAUUUAAAAGUUCAAAGCCUAUUUCACACAAAUUUAUAUUCAAAUUUAGUCAAUUAUGUGUUUGGUACUCAAAUUUAACCAGGUUUUCAACGAAAGCUGGGUUAUUAUAUUGAGGAUGUGGUUUAGCGAGCGGGCUUUUGUCAAAGAUUAGUUUCGGCCUAAUAGUUUUAUUUAGAAUUGAUGGAUAUUAAUGAAACUUAAAUAAGUUGAGGACUUGAGCACCAUUUUCGGUCCCAAAUACACAAAUUCUUAUGGUUACCUCAAGGUCAUAAUUUUUCACAUUUUCGGUCCCAAAUACACAAAUCCUUAUGGUUACCUCAAGGUCAUAAUCUUUCACAUUUUCGGUCCCAAAUACACAAAUCAUUAUGGUUACCUCAAGGUCAUAAUCUUUCACAUUUUCGGUCCCAAAUACACAAAUCCUUAUGGUUACCUCAAGGUCAUAAUCUUUCACAUUUUCGGUCCCAAAUACACAAAUCCUUAUGGUUACCUCAAGGUCAUAAUCUUUCACAUUUUCGGUCCCAAAUACACAAAUCCUUAUGGUUACCUCAAGGUCAUAAUCUUUCACAUUUUCGGUCCCAAAUACACAAAUCCUUAUGGUUACCUCAAGGUCAUAAUCUUUCACAUUUUCGGUCCCAAAUACACAAAUCCUUAUGGUUACCUCAAGGUCAUAAUCUUUCACAUUUUCGGUCCCAAAUACACAAAUCCUUAUGGUUACCUCAAGGUCAUAAUCUUUCACAUUUUCGGUCCCAAAUACACAAAUCCUUAAGGUUACCUCAAGGUCAUAAUCUUUCACAUUUUCGGUCCCAAAUACACAAAUCCUUAUGGUUACCUCAAGGUCAUAAUUUUUCACAUUUUCGGUCCAAAAUACACAAAUCCUUAUGGUUACCUCAAGGUCAUAAUUUUUCACAUUUUCGGUCCCAAAUACACAAAUCCUUAUGGUUACCUCAAGGUCAUAAUUUUUCACAUUUUCGAAAAGCUUGACUUGUUCCAAAAUAAACAAACAAUUGCCAAGGGUAAAGAUUCUAAAACUCUUUAAAAGUUGUAAAAAUUGCAAUAACAGAUAGGAAAUUGGAUAAGGUUUGAAAACCGAUUAUAUCCAAGGGCAUUAAGGGUUGUUGAGAAGAUAGUUGUUAGAACUUAAUGAUCAGAAGUCAAUUGUGAGAAAUAUAAAUGAGUAAUAAAACCAUAUCAUAACAUUGUACAUGAAGUAUUAUUCACAAUAUGCUUGUCUAUUCUACCAUACUUAUUUACUACCUACUUCUGUUUUUAAAAAAAGAAAUGGAAAACUCACUCACUCAAUUUGUUUCCAGCCCAAAUCUGCAGAACAAAAAAUAAUUGGUGUUGCCGGAUUUGAAUUUAUGUUGUUAAAACAAAGUUAAAGGUUAUCAAAUGUGAUUGGUUUUGCUGUUCAGUGGCUUAAAAUAUUAUUUAUUAAAAAAACCUUGAUGCACUUGGUAAAAAGUGAAUGACAAAUCUAUGAUGUAGUAGUUGGUAAAAUGCGUUUAAAGUUUGGAAGUAGCAAAAGUAAAAGAAUAUCAUUUUUUUGCUUGAAUUUUGUGCCCUGUAUAAAUUUCUAUUCUGACAAAUGUGGAAU